AUGCAAUAAUUUCCUAGAAUUCAAAUAAGUCAUUUUAGUUAUUUACAAUCUGAUUUAAUUGGUUCCGGCUAUAAGAGUUAAGUUUACAAAGGAGUAAAUGAUUUAAAUGGAGAUUUAGUAGCAAUAAAAGUAUUUAAUUGUCUAAGCUAAGGUAUGCAACAUGAAAUAAUUAAAAAAUGAAGUUGAAUUGAUGUUAUUAAAUUAAGAAAUCUAUGCUUUAGGAUUAUUGGAUUCUCCAAACAUAGUUAAAAUGUAUCAAUUCAUACGUUCACAUUAAAAUACUUAUAUAAUAACUGAGUUUUGUAAUUAAGGUAUAAGAAUCUAUUGUUAUUUUAAACAGGAGAUUUAUCGUAAUUAAUUGAGAAGAAAAAUCAUUUACAAGAAAAUGAAGCAACUUAAUUAUUCAAAUAAAUAAUUAAUGGUUUUUUAGAGCAAAUAAGAAAAGGUAUAAUUCAUAGAGAUAUUAAACCUUCAAAUAUAUUGUUAAGCGAUGGCAUACCAAAAAUCGCAGAUUAUGGAUUUUCUAAAAUUAUGGGUGUUCAAGAGAAAGUGUAUUACAAUGUUGGUACAACACUAUAUAUGAGCCCAUAGGCUUUAAUGGAUAAUUAAUAUUCUGAAAAAAGUGACAUUUGGAGCAUUGGGGUUAUGUUUUAUUAAACACUUUGUGGUAUUUUUUUGGUUUAUUAAAAAGGUUGCACUCCUUGGGUAGCAGAAACAGAGAAAGAGUUUAUUAAAUAAAUUACAACCACUCCUAUUUAAUUCCCAAAGAAAAUAUUAUUAUCACUCCAUGCUAAAGAUUUCAUUAUAAAAUGUUUAUAAGUGGAUAUUAAUAAAAGAUUAUCAGCUAAUUAAUUAUUUGAACAUCCUUUAUUUCAUGAAAGACCAAGAUUAUUGUAAAUAAGUGGAUCUUUUCAUAUAACAAGAGGCUAAACAUAAUAUUAAUAAUAAUAAAAAGAUAAUGAGUGGAAAAGAAGAUUAAGUCCUAGAGAUGGUAUUGAUAGAAACUCAAAUAAAAAUUAUUUCAAUCCUUCUCCAAAACCUUAAUAUUCCAUCUAAAACCCUACUAAAGAUUUUAUACAAAAUGAUUUAAUUUUAUAGAACAUUUUUUAUUUACUUAAACUCAUUUUGAGGGUAGCUAAACUAAUUGAUCAUUUUGAUUUCUUUAAUUAGAAUUGUUUGUAAGAAAAAUUACUCUAUUUUAUUAUUAAACAUGCUCUAUUUAAAACAAAACAAUUUAAAUUAAUGAUGGAAUCAAAUCUCAACACUUUGGGAUUGGUUAAUUUUCAUUAAUAUAUUUUAAAUACAGAUCUUAAAAAAUAAUAUUAAACAGAUAUUAAUGAGUUUUACAAUAAUUUUACAAAAUCUUUUGAAAGAUUGGUAAGCUUUUCGUAUUUAUCUUUAGUGGAUGAGAAUACAAGAUAAUAAAAAUAUUUAUUAAAUAUUAAUUCAAGAUUAAUAAUUUGUUGCUGUUUUUGAUAGAAGUGAACAAGAAAUAUAAGCUCAUUAUAUUCUGAUGUUGCCUAUUCUUAAAUAGUCUAUUUUUGAACUCAAAACAAUUUUAUCAAUUAAAUUACAUAAUUAUACUGAUUUUUAAGUAUAAAUCGAUUUUAAACAAAGAAUCCUGAACCUCGAGAAGAAGCUGCAAUUAUUUUGCUUGAUUACCUAGUACUAUAUAAUUAGAUUUGCAAUACUAUCAUAUUGUAUUUUGAAAACUUUUCAUAUCGAAUUACUUCGUUUUAACUGAAAAAAGUAGUAGAAACAAAACCAAUAAAUAUUAACAAAUGUAAAUAUAGAGAAAUUUGCAAAUAAAUUUGA